UGACGUCAGGGGGCGUUUAUUGCUUUUGACGUUUUGCGAUUUAGCUCCAGAGGUUAAGGUCGCAGCGCAGCCAAAUGUUGUCCUCCGUUAUUGCGAAAAGAGUGAGUUAUCUGAUGACAGGGAUCUGCCAGACAGCAUGGAGACCGGUGGUCACUGGUCUGGUCCCGACCCGUUGUUACCGUGGCGAUGCACCUGAUGAUACCAGGACUGACCUGAUUGAGAUUCCAUUGCCCCCCUGGGAGGACAAGCCUGGAGAGCCCAUUGACAUCAAGAGACGGCGCCUGCUGUAUGAGAGCCGUAAAAGGGGCAUGUUGGAGAACUGCAUACUGCUCAGCCUUUUUGCCAAGCGAUACCUGAAUACGAUGAGUGAGACCCAGCUGCAGCAGUAUGACAGAAUAAUCAACGAACCCAGCAAUGACUGGGACAUCUACUACUGGGCAACAGAGGCUCAGCCCACCCCAGACAUUUACCAAGGAGAGGUCAUGGAGAUGCUAAAGGAGUUCACAAAGAAUCGCAACCAGGAGCAGAGGUUGGAUGCCCCCAGCUUGGAAUACCUAGAAAAGGAAGGUUAACGUGGAUGAGCAACCAAAUCCCCCCAGAACCCCCCCAUUCAACAGACUCUUUGAGGUGCUUAAUGAAAAUAAUGGUGACAUAACCUACUAUGGAAGACGUCCAACUGGAUUACCGUACUUUAUCAAGUCAGUUGUGUGCAAUUUAUUGUGGGCCACAAUACAAUGACAACAUUUUAUUCUUGUUAUGUAAGUGCAGGGCUGAAAAAGCAUCAGCGUGUGAGAUACAUUUUGUUAAGAUGAAUUGAAGCUGAUGAUCCUAGGCAGCACAACAUUCAUUUUGCCUAGGAUUGAAACAAUCUUGUUUUUGUGCUGCAGUUAUGAUGUGACCACCACAAGAAUGUUAUUUCAUCAAUAUU